AUGUCUACAUCAUCUCCUCGCAAAGCUUUAAACAUCAAGAACAUCAACCCUCACCUCCUCAAAGCUCAGUAUGCUGUCCGUGGCGAGCUUGCCCAACGCUCCGAAGUGUACCGUCAACAGCUUGCUGCCGUGAACCCCCCCCCCUCCUGUAGCCCUUCGACAGCACUAACAGAUACUGAGGGUGCGCAACAGGGUGGCGACAAACUGCCCUUCGAUACCGUUAUUUCAGCAAACAUUGGAAACCCGCAGCAGUUAGACCAGAAGCCCAUCACCUUUUUCCGCCAGGUUUUGAGUGUACUCGAGUACCCGGCUCUGUUGGAAAAGGAGGGACUGUUCCCUGAGGAUGUCCGGGAGAGAGCGAGGGUUCUUUUGAAGGAGGUGGGAAGCGUUGGUGCUUAUUCCCAGAGCCAAGGAUGUCUAGGAAUUAGGCGGAGUGUCGCAAAGUUUAUUGAGGGUUCGCAUGCCCUCCUACACGGGGCUAGGGUGCGUUGGGGGCUAAUUUGAGACUUUAAUAGCUCGCGAUGGACACCCCGCGGACCCCCGCGAUAUCUUCUUGACAGCCGGCGCUUCCUCUGGGGUCAAUACCCUUUUAAACACCCUCUGCUCGCACCCCGCCACCGGGGUAUUGAUACCGAUCCCCCAAUAUCCGCUUUACACCGCUACGCUUGCUCUUGUCAACGCCACCCCAGUUCCCUACCUUUUGGACGAGGCUACUGCAUGGUCCACUGAUGCCAAGGAGAUUCGUUCCCAGAUUUCAAAGGCCAAGGCAGCUGGUACUGACCUUAAAUGCCUCGUUGUAAUCAAUCCAGGAAAUCCAACCGGUGCCACGCUUACGGAGUCUGUGAUCGAAGAGGUCAUUGCCUUGGCUGCGGAAGAGCACCUUGUUAUCAUCGCUGACGAAGUCUACCAAACCAACGUCUACUCGGGCGAAUUCCAUUCCCUCAAAAAGGUCCUGCGCAACAUGCAGAAGGCAUCGCCGGGCGUUUAUGACGAGGUGGAACUUGUCUCGUUCCAUUCUGUUUCCAAAGGAAUGGUGGGGGAAUGUGGCCACCGGGGUGCUUACUUUGAGCUGGUCGGCUUUGACCCGGAGGUACAAGCCCAAAUCUACAAAUUGGUCUCCAUUGGCAUCUGUCCUCCUGUCAUUGGGCAGUGCCUUGUCGAAAUGAUGGUAAACCCACCGGCUCCGGGGUCACCAUCCUACGAGCUCUACCAGCAAGAGUACAACUCCAUUUUUGAAGGCCUGAAGCUCCGUUCUCGCGCUCUACACGAAGCCUUUGGUAGGAUGGAGGGUGUUGAAUGCCAAGACCCUCUCGGUGCCAUGUACCUAUUCCCGACAAUCACCAUCCCCACCGCGGCAGCGAAGAAGGCGCAGGAGGUGGGUCGCCCCCCCGAUGAGUACUACUGUGUGAGACUCCUCGAAGCAACCGGUAUCUGUGUUGCCCCUGGGAGCGGGUUCGGCCAGCGCGAAGGCGAGUGGCAUUUUAGAACCACCUUCCUCGCCCCCGGAGUCGACUGGGUGGCAAGACUCGAGAAGUUUCACAAGGACUUUAUGAACGAGUUUAGAUGAUGGGACUUUGUUUGUGUGCCAUUUUUCUUUAGUUGGUUCCUAUAUAUUUGCUAGAUGAGGAUGAUAUCUAUUUCUUUCUCUUCACAUCUUUUGCGGGUUCCCCGGAGGGAAGGCGACGGGCUUGGGAAAUUCGCUGAACAUGGGGAUGGUAUUAGAAUUGUCGGUUUUUCGGGUCAUCACGGCUCACCAAAUUCCCCCCUAUAAAACUUUCUCAGGGAAAAUGUUGAAUAAACUCCUUGGCGUUUAGAAAUUUUGAAUAUAAAAUUUUGAAUUCUUUUACUCUGACUCUUGCAGAAGUGGGGCGAGGCGAAGUACACGGUGUGCCCGAACUGACAGCGCCUCUCAAGCUAAGCUCCCCGCUACAUGGAAGCCGUAUCACAUUGCAUUGAAUUGCUCGCAUCGAAUGCUUCUCGCUCUAUACAUCCUCAGAGCAGGUAGGUGAAAUGGGGAAAGAAUAUAUGGAGUUUAGACCUAGUAACUUUGUAGGCCCACUCUAAAGCAGAAGGGCCAUGGCGAUCCACAAACGGCCCUGAAAAGGGGGGGGGGGGGAAGGUGUGUCCUUUGGUCCUUGAGUGAAUUUUCCGAUUUCAU